UCUAUUCUCUUCAAUUCCUCUAUUCUCUUCAAUUCCACCUGCAGUAGUUGCGGUAAACGUUCUUUUUUUUUUUUCUUUUUUAGGAGAGGGUUGUCUGCAUAGAGUAGAGGAGAGGAGAGGAUACAGAAAUGCCGAUCUCUCGGAUCGCAAUCGGGAGCUACGAUGAGGCGUACCACCCGGGCGCCCUCAAGGCGGCGCUCGCCGAGUUCAUCUCCACCCUCAUCUUCGUCUUCGCCGGCCAGGGCUCCGGCAUGGCCUUCAGCAAACUAACGGGCGGGGGUGCGACGACGCCGGCGGGGCUGAUCGCGGCGGCGAUCGCGCACGGGUUCGGGCUGUUCGUGGCGGUGUCGGUGGGCGCGAACAUCUCGGGCGGGCACGUGAACCCGGCGGUGACGUUCGGGGCGUUCGUGGGGGGGAACAUCACGCUGCUGCGCGGCGUGCUGUACUGGAUCGCGCAGCUGCUGGGGUCGACGGUGGCCUGCCUGCUGCUGCGCUUCUCGACGGGCGGGCUGGCCACGGGGACCUUCGGGCUGUCGGGCGUGGGCGCGGGGGAGGCGCUGGUGAUGGAGAUCGUCAUGACCUUCGGCCUCGUCUACACCGUCUACGCCACGGCCAUCGACCCCAAGCGGGGCAGCCUCGGCACCAUCGCCCCGAUCGCCAUCGGCUUCAUAGUCGGCGCCAACAUCCUCCUGGGCGGCGCCUUCACGGGGGCGUCCAUGAACCCGGCCGUGUCCUUCGGGCCCGCGCUCGUCAGCUGGUCCUGGGCCUACCAGUGGGUCUACUGGGUCGGCCCGCUCAUUGGCGGCGCCAUCGCCGCCAUCGUCUACGACGUCUUCUUCAUCACCCCCAACUACGAGCAGAUCCCCCCGCCCGACUACUGAUCAUCGAUCAUCACCCCACAGCCCCCAGCCAAGCCGCCUCCUUUCCAUGCAUAAAAUUCUCGAUCCUUGCAUGCAGUACUCGUCGUUAAUUUCCUGUUUUUUCUUAAUGAAUCUAUCUCGUGCAUGGUUUAAUUCUGUUG